AUGCUCUGUACCUCUUCGGCAAACUCUUCUCCUCCGGCGACGGUUCCGCCAAAAGUUGGUCGUCCGCCGGAUCCAGGCACCUCCUCGCACCCUCCACAGCAACCCCCGAUCUCCGAUCCGGCGAGUUUCCCUCCUCUCAAUUUUAAAAUGGCUCUCGCCGGUCCGACUCAGGCUUCACCUUCCAAGCUAAAUCAGUGGACCUUCGUCAGAGAACAUGACCUGGAACCCGGGUUGUUCGGCGGUGAGCCGGAACUAAAGGUCUCAGACAAGUUCAAAGAUCGUCUUUGCUCCCCAUGGAAGAAAACCCUUGUGGUCAGGCUGCUCGGGCGUUCGAUUUCAUAUACUUAUCUAUGCUCACAACUCCGGUGGAAAUGGCGCCCAACUGGAAGACUGGAUAUCUUGGACCUGGACGACAGGACCUUCCUGGUCACGUUCCACAAUGACCAAGAUUUCCUUCACGCUCUCACCGGGGGACCGUGGACGAUCCUCGAUCAUUAUCUCGUUGUUCAUCAAUGGUCGCCGUCUUUCAGAACGACAGAUAAACCCCACAAAUCGGUCGUAGCGUGGAUCCAGCUGCCAGAACUUCCUGUUCACUUCUAUCAUCGCGAGGUUCUAUUUGCUUUGGGGAACCUUAUUGGCAGAACAGUGAAACUUGAUUAUCACACGGAGAACAUGGAGCGGGGAAAGUUUGCUCGAAUAGCAGUGGAACUUGAUAUGACGAAGCCGCUGGCGACCCGAAUCCGGCUGGACGGAUUUUGGCAACCGGUCCUCUAUGAGAACCUACCUGAAAUAUGCUUUGAGUGUGGUAGGAUUGGCCAUACUGAGGAGUCAUGCUCCAGAAGAAUGUGUAAUUCGGCCAAUACUACCCCGCCAGAUGCGAACCCGCUCUGCUCCGUUGAAGAGUCGUCACCGUCGUCGGAAUCUCCUGCCGGCUAUGGGCCAUGGAUGCAAGUAACCAGAAAGAGUAAGAAACAGAAUAGGAAGGUUACGCAAAAUACGGCUGGAAACCAGGGCGGAGACUCUGGUCGCGGGGGAAAUUCGGGGAAGGCCAAUCAGAAAUCGAACCACCAAGGAAAGGGUGAUCCGGUCGGAGCUAACUCAGGAAAGGAAGGAAAAGGAAAGGCGACGUCAAAGGCUAAUGAAAAGAAAGGCAAUAACUCGAGUCUGAAGGGGAAAGCGGUGGGGAACGGUAACGGGCAGCUGCCAAAGAUUAAUGGCACGAUGAUCCAGGAAUGGCGGCCUGUUGGCUUGAAGGAGAUCGAGGAAAGGCCUAAAGCCCAGGAGAUGGAUCUAUCCUCCGGGAAACAAACCGGGCCAAGCCCAACUACCACUCUAACAGACAAAACUUUUGCGGAGGGGCCUUUAAGCCCAGUCUCUGGCAAUUCCGCUCCAUCGACUUCCCAUCCGUCCCAGCCUCAAACGAAGGAAAACACUGACCCCAAUCGGCAGUCAGUCUCGAUUCGCCACCGUUCCCAGAAAUCAAAACCCCAGCCACCUCCGGUGAGGGAAAUCAAGCCGAAAAUCAUGAAAGAGACGUCUAAGAAGCCGUCGUCCCAUGCCUCCCCGUCGGCGAGAAAAAUGCUGCAAGAGUUAUCUAGGACUCCCAAUAUCCCCAUCAACCCCCAGUCCAUUUCAGAAUUCUUGAAUAGCUCGAAGAGACCGGCCGAUGGAGCUCCACAUUCGGACAGCGGCAAAGUCAACGACUUGACUAUGGCAGACAACAGCGACCCCGCCAUCGGCUGUCCUCCAGCCAUUGAAGCUCCUGCGGGCCAGUCGGCCACCGAAUCUUAG